ACGAAGAAAGUGAUGAUGUUGAGAUAUUAAUUACUACUGAUGAGAGCUCUAGCGAAAAUGUGUUCAUGUCCGAUGAUGAAUUAUCAUAAAAUAGACUUUAAUACAAAAGAUGGCUGGUGGAGAUAAGGGUAAGGGUCACGCAGAGCAAACAAAGUCCAAUACUGGGAAGUGGAAAGAACUUUCUAGGUUGCGACAUGCCAUCCUUGGUGGUGGUAGAUCAAGCGGAACAUCGGCCAGCGCAUCUGCGAGUGCAUCCGGCAGCGCAUCAGCCAGCGCCUCAGGCAGCGCAUCAGCGAGGGCAUCAGGUACUGCCACUGUCAGAGUGCCUACUGGGCCUCACGGCAUGAAUGUCACUAGCACCUCUUCCGGAGGGUUUACACGUUCCACUGAUGAGUCCAGGAUGCACGAUGAUGAGAGCAUGGACUCAGACGAGUCGAUAGAGCACGAGCAUGACGAUGCUAUGAACCUUGGACCGAGCGUAGCAUACUUUGAUCGCUCUGGCAGUGUCGUCUUCACGGAAGAGGGAGCUCGGAUCAUUUGUUCCACAUUCCAGCAGAGGCUCGAUCCAACAGAGGGUAGUUGGAAGAGCCUAAGCGACGUGACUGUGGACUUUUACUGGAGAGAGUUUAAGAAACAUGCCACUUGGGACCCUCGCAUUGAUGAUAGCGUUAUGUUCCGUGCUUGGCAAUCGAAGGCUAGAAGACGAUACACCGACUGGCUCUCAUCUAUUAGGAAUGAGAAGAAAGGAACAGAGAAGGUGCAGCCACUUGUACCGCAAUCGUGGAAGGAGUAUUGGAAGUCACCAAAGUUCUUGGCAUCCUCCAAGCAAAACAAGAAAAAUCGGCGUGGCGGUGACGAGAAUGCCCCUGCUAGCGCCACGCACACCGGUGGUCCAUUGUCUUUUCGCGAGACUCAAGCGCGCCUUGCAAGACGUGCUAGCACCAGCUCUAUGUGGGACUCUCGAGAUGAUGAGAUUCGGAGGUUGAGAGAAGAGCUAGAUGAAAUUAGGGCUUCCCAAGCUCGUGAAUUAUUGUCGAUUAGAGAAGAGAUGACCCGACUUUAUGGAGGAGUUUUCCCACAUGGAAAUGGAGAUGGCGGUGGAGAUGGAGGAGGGGCGGGAUUUGCAGGAGCUUGUUGAGUGUUAUAUUAGAAUUGAAGAACAAUAUAUUAAACUUAAGUUUUAUGG